AACAGUUCCUACCCGGACCUGUUUAUGAGAGGGACACUUAAAACAUGGCGGCCAACAUAGAGCAAAUUUUCCAAGAUUUUAUAUUGAAUAAAAUCCGAGAGAUUGAAGACCAGAAUGACGACAAAGCUGCUGUUGAAGGAGUGGGUGCUGGCAUAGAAAUGGUUGGAGCAGAGAAGGCCGCUUCAGAGAGAGACACACAAGAAGACUUGAGGGGCAGCGGUUCACAGAAGAAACACAAGAAGCACAAAAAACACAAAAGCAAGAAGAAGAGGAGGAACCGAGAGAAGGAGAGCAGCUCCGAGUCCGGGGCAGAGGGAGGAACCAAACAUCAGCCAAGAAGAGGAACGCCCACAGAGGCCGAUAAGGAGCAAGGUGAGGAAAACGAGAGCAAGUCCAGAUGCCACAAGCGGCAUUCGACAGCGAAGAGGAAGAAGAAGAAGAGGAGGAGGAAAAAUGAAGAGAACUCGUCCGAUUCCGACUCAGAGUUCGUGUCGAAGCAGAGGGAUAGUAAAUGCGGUCAGAGCUCAUCGCCGAGGCGACGAGAGGAGCUGCCUGAUAUCAUCCCAAAGCAGGACAGCUCCAACAAAGGAAGAGGAGAGGAGGAGCGACACGGCAGGAGGAGUUCUCGUUCACGUUCGCGGUCACAUUCCUAUUCUCGUUCACAUUCCUGUUCGGCGAGGAGGAACUCUCGGUCUCGGCGCCGCCGCCAAAGAUCUAGGAGCUGCUCCCUAUCCGGUUCUCAGCGGCACAGGACCCGGUCCAGGUCUUCAGAGAAGAGGGGAGCUCUAGAUGAAUCAAUACAGUCCAGCCAAGGUCCUCCAUCAGGCCUCCAGCCACCUCAGCUGGCCUCCAGCCCUCCCCGCAGUAACACCAAAGCAGAGGAGCUGACAGAGUCGGGCACAGAGCUGCAGAGCUCUGACCAGAGCGAAAAGCCACCGGAGAACAAAGAAGAGAAAGCCGAUGACGCAACACAAAAACUAGCUGCAGGUUCUGCUGCACCCCAGUCCAUUUCUACUGAACCUGACCAGACCACUGAGCCCAGCUUCCCUCAGCUCAAAGCAUCGAAACACCCCGGGGCGUCUGACACCAAUGUCAAAUCACCAGCGAAGAAGAAGAGGAAACCAUCCAAGUCCCCCCAGAGGAAAAAAGAAUCAAAGUCAUCGAAGAAGCAGAAAAGAUCCAAGUCACCAUGUAGGAGCCACAGGAGGGGGUCCAGAUCCAGGAGUCCCUCAAAGAAGAAGAGAUCACGGUCGAGGUCAGGGGGCCGGCGGUCGCGGAGGUCACGCUCGCGGUCGGCGUCACGUGGUCGGAGGAGGGCUACGUACAGCCAGAGGGACCGCUGGAAACGAGAGCCGAGUCACUCCCCCGUGCUCAUCCUCCGCAAAAACAGAUCCCCCGCUCGGAAACUCUGCAGUACGAGCAACAGCCCUCAACGCAUCAGUGAACUGGAUAAGGACCAGUUGUUGGAAAUUGCCAAGGCCAAUGCUGCUGCCAUGUGUGCCAAAGCAGGUAUGCCCAUCCCUGCCAGCCUGAGGACCACGGUGCUUCCCCUGACUCUGCCAAGUAUGGCCAUGAACGCUGCUAUGGCCAGUAUGACGGCUGCCACCAUGACGGCGGCAUUGUCUAACAUGGGCUUGUCUUCACUGCUCCCGCUGCCCUCCAUCACCAACAAGCCGCCUCCUGCCUCCGCCCAACCCAACAUCGCUUUGGAGGAAGUGAAGAGGAAAGUAGCGAAGCAGGCCAACAGCAUCAGCAUCAAGGAGUUUACUGACAAAUGCAAGAUGAUUGUGGACAGCAAAGGAGAGCUGCCGGUGGCAAUGCCUCAUGUUUCUGACGAAGAGGACGAAGGCAAACCUUUUGGAGGAUCGGCUCUUCGGGAGCAAAAAGCCAUCAGCUUCAGCAUCAACAACACCACAGUUCGUCCAACAGUGCGUAGUGACGCGGGCAUGGCCAAGGAGUUUCCUGUGUCUUCAGGAUCCCAACAUCGAAAGAAGGAGGGCGAGGCACUGGGCGCCUACGGAGAAUGGGUUCCGGUUGACAAAGCAGCAGAAAAAGCAGCUGCCUCCAGAAAGGCCCUGACCACCGCUCCCGCAGCGACAGCCUCCUCCUCAUCAUCAGGCGAAACGGCGACAGCGCCGGGGUUACCAGAGGUUGUGGAGCAGCCCGCGUUAACUCCAGAUAAUGACAGCGUUUUUCCUGACCCACUACAGCAGCCAGUAGAUAUCUCUCAGGCUGUAACUGAGAGGAUCAAAGCUCAGAGGCGAUUGGCUGAGAACCCCUAUGACGUCAGUGCCAUCUGCAUGCUCAGCCGGGCACAAGAGCAGGUGGAUGCGUGGGCCCAAUCCAACACUGUUCCUGGCCUUUUCACCGGUUCCACUGGAGCCCAGGUCCUCAGCUCGGAGGAGCUUUCCACCAGCGGACCACAAGCAUGGCUGAAGAAGGACCAGUUCCUCAGGGCUGCUCCGGUGUCGGGGGGCGUCGGGGAGUUCCUGAUGAGAAAGAUGGGCUGGAGGACGGGAGAGGGCCUCGGGAGGAACCGCGAGGGGACCGUGGAGCCGAUCAUUAUUGACUUCAAGGUCGACCGCAAAGGACUAGUUGCUGAAGGAGAGAAGCCACAGAAGCAGACAGGUGGACUGGUGGUAACCAAGGAUCUAAUGGGGAAGCACCCGGUGUCCGCUCUCAUCGAGUUGUGUAACAAGCGGCGGAUAAUGCAGCCGGACUUCGUCAUGGUUCAUCACAGCGGUCCCGACCACCGCAAGAAUUUCCUCUUCAAGGUCACGGUGAACGGCGUGGACUACCAACCCCAGACAGCUAGUCCCAAUAAGAAACACGCCAAGGCCAUGGCAGCUACAGUCGCACUCCAGGCUCUGGGAGAGGUUCCUGUUGAUGGACCAGGACUCUACACUGGCCCUGUCUUCACCGCUGCUUCUACUGGCCCCCUGUUCUCUACAUAGACAUCCACACGACAGUGGGACUGACGCUUUCUACGCAGCUCAACUGUCGGACUAUGUUCUCUCCUCAGUUCGAGGGACACUGAGAGAAACAGUCCCAAAUAAAUAAGCGGUCCAUCAUUUCCACUCUGGUGACUUAUUUAUACGGUUUAAAUAAAUAUAAAUGAACAAACACUGUCGGCACAGGAACGGCGAGGAACCAUGAAGAGCUUCAUACACCGCUGAGUAUCUUUUUAUGGACGCUAACUGAACAAUUUAUACUCACAGAAUCACAGUAUCUUUUAAAGACGUUAAGGUUUUUGUCAGGUUUUUAGGAUGGGGAGAGAGAGUCUCCAUCAUAUUGAAAGUGGAAGGCGUGUAUGUAAGUAUGUAUGUAAGUAUGAACGUAUGAUAUAGUAGCAUUUCAGCCUGAUAAACUGUAUAUUAGCUGACCAAUACUUUAGACACAAGUUUCUCUGCGAUGGAUUUGUUGUUGGGCUGUUGGAUGAAACAUUUAUCUGUUGGUUACUGUUGUUGGUCCUGAUAUUACAGUUGUGGCCUGGCCUCCUUCUGGAAGUGUUUCUCAUACAAGAGGCUGUUACAUUUUAUGGAACUAACCCUCUAAAGAUGUGUAAACAGAAUAAAGAUUAUAUUUAUGUUAUGUCGUAGGAA